UCAUACUGACGUCACACACUCUUACAGAUUGUCUGUCUGUCAUAUAUAUCAGAAUACAGAGGGAUGACGUCAUCAACGGAGAUGCUGGUUCGUUGCCAUGGUAUCUUAAGAUCUCCUGGGCUCUAUACAACAUGACUUCCUUCACCAGCAUGGUGACCUUCCUAGUCUACUAUAUACUGAUAAACAACGAUGACAGCGCUAAUGGAUUACUGAAGCACGGAAUCACAUUCAUUUUUUUCAUUUCACAUCUCGGACUUUCCAGGAAACCUUUUCGAAUCUUACAUUGUUACUUGUCGUUAAUUUUCGUUUUUGUUUACGUCAUAAUCACUGUGAUCUACCAGAAAGGUUUCCGCCAGAUGGCAGUGUACGAUAUCUUUGAUUGGGACAACGCCCCCAACGCCGUCCUCUACAGCUUUUUCCUCGUCGUUCUGGCUCCAGUGACAGCAAUGGCGUGUUUUGCUUUAACGUUGCUUAGGGACUUUGUAAGCCAAAAAUGUAGAAAGGUGGACGAAGAGACCGAAAAAUUUGAUUCGGUAUGAAAGCUUGAAAGUAAAACAAAUUUUCUGUACGUAAUAAAAUUGCAAAUGGACAUCCACCUAAGCUGCAUAAAAUAUCUGUAGAAAUUAAAAUCUUGCGAACA